AAGUGACGUCACCGCCCGCUGACGUCACGGCCGGGCAUGGCCGCCAGAGGUGGGAGGUUAGUCCUCCCUCUCCUCCUCCUCCUCUCCUCGUCGUCGUCGUCGCCCUGAAGCCCGCCCGCCGCGGCGAUGGAGACGGCGGAGGAGGCUGCUGCGGCGGCGGCGGCGCUGUCCCGCGCGGGGCCCGAGGCUCCGUGGCUGCGUCGCGGUGAGGCGAACCUCGCCGCGCUGUCGUGGCGCCGUCUCUACCUGAGCCGCGCCAAGCUCAAGGCCUCGUCCCGCACCUCGGCGCUUCUCUCCGGCUUCGCCAUGGUGGCGAUGGUGGAGGCACAGCUGGAUGCACGAUAUACUUACCCCCCCGCACUGCUCGUCUCUUUCUCCGUGUGCACUACCGUGCUGGUCGCUGUGCACCUCUUCGCGCUCAUGGUCAGCACCUGCAUUCUGCCCAAUGUGGAGGCGGUGAGCAAUGUCCACAACCUCAAUGCAGUCGCAGAGUCUCCCCACGAGCGUCUGCAGAAGUACAUCGAGCUGGCGUGGGGUUUCUCCACAGUACUGGGCACUCUGCUCUUCCUGGCGGAGGUGGUGUUGCUGUGCUGGGUCAAGUUCCUCCCCGUGGGGUCUACAUUAUCGGGGCCGAGGGGAGGGGCUGGGGGCAGUGUUGUGCAAGGGGACCUGAAUCAAACUGAGAUGGCACCACCCCCGUCCCUGCCGGUGGGCCUCCAGGCGGCGUGGGCGUCCACGGCGGUGAUGGUGCCAGUGCUGGUGCUGUUCGUGUGCUUCACCGUGCACUUCUACCACUCGCUCGUCAAGCACAAGACGGCGCGGCACAGCCACCAGCUGGACGAGCUGUCCCUGUUGCGCGUGCAGCUCGAUCCGCCCGGCACCGCCGUCAACGCAACGCAGCACCACCACCACGGCGGCGGCGGUGGCGCGGCUCCGCAGCAGCAGCACCACCACCACCACCACGGCAACCACGGACAGCAUGAACGCGCGCAGGCGCACGACAAUGGUCACCAUAACCACGGGCAGCAGCAGCAGCUGCUCAGCUACGGACGCGGCACCAACCACGGGCAGCACGACGACGACCUUGACGGCGACCGUCACGGGCACAGCUACGGGCACGGGCAGGCGUGAUGGCGACCCGCUCGUACGCACGGCCACGGCAGCCAUGAGCCAGCAGCAGCAGCGGAAUUAGCAGCAGCCGUGGGUUUUAGCAGACUGACCAGCGGCGGUGGCGGCUGCCUUGGACCGAACGGCGACCGUGUAGGUUGGGGGCGACAUCGCCGGUUGGUGCCAAUUAAGUGUUUUUUUUUUUUACCUCCGUCAAAAACAUGACGUCUGUUGUCACUGUAAAGGGAUAAGAGCGGUAAUGAGGUUUGCAUACAUUUCGAGGUGCGGGAGCACAGGUUUUUUGAGAGUUUCUGUAAAGGUUUUGGAGGAGGAGGAGGAGGAGAAAUGUUUAAACAUGUACGUUUGUUGCAUCCACUUAGAAUAAUCUUGGGAGUGCAGUUUUCUGGUUUUGGCGUCAGGAAUUGAAUUCAACUCCUGAAAGUUGCCCGCCCACAGCAGCAGCUUGAGGUGGAAACUUGAGAAGAGAAUUGUUCAACACGCAGCCCAUCUCCCGAACACUGCAACAUGGGAGAGCGCAGAGCUGUUUCUUCCAGACACGCGUAGCUUGGUUUGAUGGGAGCUUACUGUGGGUUUUGCGGAGCCUCAGAGAUUGGGAAGAAGCAGUCCCCCCCCCCCCCACAUACGUGUGAGUGGUUGGCUGAUGAUGUGGGCCCUCAUGUUAAAGAAGGUGGGCAAUAUGCGACCCCCACAUCUUGAGACAGGGUAAAGCGAUGGGCAGGGGAUGACCUCCCCAGCAAAAACUGCCAGUUAUAUUGCAGGCUGCCUUUUUUACGUGACAUCAUCACUGCUGUUUGGACCACACAGGACAGGUUCUGCAGAAAGGGAUAGAUUCCCUGGUGGGUCUGCCCUUAAAAUAGUUGGGGGGGGGGACCACACCUAUUGUAAACGAGGUAAUGGGGGCGCAUCUCUCUUGGUGUACCAAGAAAGGUCCUGGUUUAAAUUAUUGCAACGUCUUGCUCGUAUGCCAAGGAGAAGCUUGCAGAAGCCACUUUAUGAAUACAGGCAGGGGUGGUGGUCUGGCACAAUGUUAUUUGAUCACCGCAGCAGACGUGUAUCGAAGUACGACUGGGCCCAACACCUCUGCUUUUUAACCUAUGAGCUGCCAGCAAAAGAUUUGUCACCUAUCUUAGCACAAACACCGUGGUGGCACCGCCACCACUGGGGUGUGGCGCAUGGCAAGUGGUGUUUCGUCGGCUUUAUUUGCGUCUGCUCGUGCGUGUGUGUUUUGUGUCGCCAAGCUUGGCACGCGUGUUGUGAUAUCGCCACCUUUUAGUGGUGCGUAUUUUUGUAUUGUGCGUUUGAUGUUUACGUGUAUAUGCGGUUUCUCCCUCGUCGGUUACGUAGCCUCCGUGACCUUUACGUUUAAAUAGCGUUCGGGGUAUAUAGGUUGGGUGUGCAGCGAGGUAGGUACAUAGGUAGAUCAGUCUGUGGAUAGGGUGGUGAUUUGUAAGGUGGGUUAGAUAUUUAGCUUGGUACAUAUGUAGAUGGCUGGUUCGGUGAGAAGGUAGGAUGACACCGAUUUGUUUAACCACGUGAGAACUGGAGAGACCGGCAUAGUCUCAUUUGCAAUAGUUGAACCUGGGUCACUAAAAUGGCAAAAUAAAAUAAAGUAGAGCAAUGAUGUAAAUAGAAAUCGGAGCAAAAACAACUAUUAUAUGAGACGCUGAACAUUUUGCACAGCCAAAUCAAUGUUAAAUAAGACAAUUACCUGCAGCUUAAGUUUAUUCUGGCAGGUUAUAUUGAGACUUAUGCCAGAUUUGAAGCUUUUGUGACUGCAAGGAUUCAUAUUCUUGGGUUUUUUCGGUAUCUUAUUUGACAGACAACUGUUCUUUAGUUACUGUACAGUUUACUGAUAGACAGCCAGUUUUGUUUUAUCACGUUUAGCUUUUCUUUUUUCACACGCUGGUUUCCUGCUUUAAGUUUUACCCACCAAGUAACAUAGCAGGAGGCUGUUUCUUCCUGACCUGCUUUUUUGCUUUUACCAUGUACAUGGCAGGGGCUCGGUCCCAUUAGCAGCAGCUGCACUUUAACAACUCUGGCACCCCCCCCCCCCACCCUCUCAGCCAGUCUACAUAACAAAGGCUCAGUCCUUUGUUGUGUAGACUAGCCUUAGCUUCAGCCGCACCAACCUUACCAUAAUAAUAAAAAAAACUCCUAUCCAGGGGCCUACCCUGGCUCCUCCCCCCUCAACCAGUAUAUAUACGGGGUCGGAUCUCUUGGAAUUUCUCAUUUAAUUGAUACAGCGAGCGUGGCUGUGACGGUUCCACCUGAAGACGGAGGCUUGUGUUGCCUCCGAAACGUCGUGAUUUUUAUUUUACUUUUAUAAAUUUUAAUUUUUUACCUACGUGACUUUACCGAAAAAACCCAAGAAUAUGAAUAUUGAGACUGAUGGUUAGAAUAAUUACAUUUAAGUAACAGAAACAUUGGUACUGUGAUGAUUUAAUCGUCAAAGACACGUUAAACAUAUGUAGUCUGACUAUUGUAUUAAUAUGUACACAGAUAACAACAUGAAGUCGAGUGUAAGUGCAAGUGAAGUUGUAUAGAAAUGACUGCUCGGCAUCAAGUUGAGACCUCAAUGUUUUUUUAAACGAUGGGCUUCUAGGUGUUGGAGUUAGUAGGCAGAGGGGUAGUGUCGGCAUUCUUAUAAAAUAACCAGCUGUCCAAGUCUCGUAUCUCUCAAUGUGUUUAAAAUUGCCAAGUAAAGCCACGGAGUUGGCACCUGUGACAGUUUAGGUUUAUGUUUUAUGCUUCUGUGGUACACAUAACAAAAUUUCUUAAGUGUAGCAGUGUAUUUAUGACUUUCAGCUAAGGUCACUUUGACAGCUGCAAUUAGGCCCCAGGGAAACGUUCGGGGUCCAGGGCUUGAAAUUUAAGACCGCAAUGUUUGCUGGCUUAAUGCCUUGUCACAAGCAUCGUCGACUCGGGAGAGCUCGCCAGUCAUCUCGUGUGCUGCUUUCACAUGUAUCCGUCUCAUUGGUGAACACUGCAAAAAAGAAUCCAGCUCUCAAACACGUGCACCGAUCUGUGCCCUUGUAUUCGGAGCAGGUCAUUCUAAGGGGUCAUCACAGCCAAUGACGGUCGGUGCCACCAAAUAUUGCCAUCGCUUCCGUCAGAUCCUUAAGCUGUUCCAGAGUCAAACACCCGACCUCCAUAGUUUGCAGCAUCAUCAUCAUCAGAUUCUGAAUGUUUAUUUAUACUGGAGGGAUUUGGUGAGCUUUAAAGCUCAAUGUCACAGAUGUCCAUUGGGGCGGGUCAGAACUUUACGACAAGCAAUAUAAAAACAACAAAAUACAGAUGAAACUAAACUUUUUUUUUAUCUUACCAAAAGCCACCUUUCCACAAAUUAUCACACAACGAAGUGGCUAACGUGGAAAUUACUCUUAGGUUUUUUCGGUAAAGUCACGUAGGUAAAAAUAAA